ACCGCAGAGCGAGAGAGGGCCUCACCGGACGGACGCAAAGGGCACAGCAGAAUCCUGGCCACAGCCUGGCAACAGCUGCUCGUGGUGGUGGUGGUGCUGCGCGCAAAGCCGCCAACAUGUGCGAACCCAUCCGCGAGGGACAACUUUUCGUGCAACAGCAAAAGUUUGGAAUUAAGAGCUGGAAGAAGAACCGCGCCAUGCUGUACGCCAACAGCGGCUCGGGAGUGGCGCGCCUCGAGUACUACGAGAGCAAGGAGAGCGGCAGCACGUCGGACAAGGGCACCGACAGGGCGGCACGUCGUGCCGACAAGCGCGUGCUGCGCCUCGCCGACUGCGUGAGCGUGCGCGCGGCGCCGCUGGAGGUGGCGCCCAGGCUGUGCGUCGCGUUCCUGCUCGAGACGGCCGAGCGGCACUUCGUCUUCGCGGCCGAGCUCGCCGACGCGGCCGCCUGGGUCCGCACGCUCUGCGAGCUCGCGUUCCCGAAAAUGUCAAGCGAUGCACUCAGAAUGGAAAUGAGCACGGCCCAAAUGGAGAUGGAAGAGAACAGCUUGUACGGCUGCCGAGACUCCGCCAAUGAGUACUGGGUCAGCAUUCACAAGACAGAGGCUUCUGAGCGAUGCGGUCUUGUCGGCUCCUACAAGCUCAAGGGCGACAAGGAAGACCUCACUCUGAAAGACCCCGCCAGUGGAAAUGCCAUCUACGUGUGGCCUUACAAACUCCUGCGAAGAUUCGGCCGCGACAAGACUUCAUUCACAUUUGAGGCAGGGAGGAGGUGCAACUCUGGCCCAGGGACAUUCAUGUUUGAUACCAAGAAUGGAAACGACAUCUUUACUAUCAUUGAAGAGUCCAUCAACCAGACGAAGCUGAACCGAAACAGCCAGAACUACACAGAGGGAGACGUGCAAUCUGCUGCAGUUCACUGCCCUUGGUCCUCAGAACUCUACACAAGCAUGGGUGAGGGAGAAGGUGCAGAGGCUGCACCCGGUCCGCAGGGUAACUCCAAAAGGGAGAUGUUUGACGGUACUCCUGGGACUCCGCCCGGCCAAUACGGACAUCGGGUGCAUUCUAUGGAAGGCACGGAUGCCCCUGCGAUCCCACCAAACCACCCUAAGCAUGGAGCAAAUGCCAAAGAGCAGGCAGACUUCCCCAAACAUGCAAUGAAAGGAAGACCUGCUUUUGACAAUGCAGAAACCUUUACUCCAAUUAUCUUUGAACCGGAAGCUCUAUCUUUGCGACAGGCUGGACCCAGGUCAUCUUCUGUCAGAGUCCGGCCACCUGAAGAUGCACCAAAGUUGCCAGAGAUGGGGAUGAGACAUUGGCAGACAUCCGCUUCUAAAACCAAGCCUCUGGAGGAACAUUUGACGCUUGAGGAGGUCAGUGGCUGUUCACGAUCUGGGUCUGCAAAUAAUAAAUCGAAGUUAUCGGAGUACCUCCUGAAACCUGAAGAUGGUGGCAUCAUGCAAUCUUCAAACAAGCAGAAAGAAGACAGCCCAAAGCAGACACCUCAUGCAUUCGCUUGCUUAUUUGCCGAUGAAGAAGUUGCGAAGUUAAGUCUCGUCAAGAGCUCCCAGAACUACGACAGACGCAUGGCUCCGCCUCAGUCAAUUGUUGUCAAACCUUUCCCCAUUUCACCAUCGUUGCCCGGCAUGUCGCCAACAGCAAAGUCAUCAUCAUCAGCAGGCUCAACACCUCCUCGCUCUCCUCUGCCCAGACCUCCCCUGCUGGAUCCCUGCCUUGCUCGACUGGAGCCACUGCAGGACGUUUACGCUGACCCGGCUGAUUCUCUGAUGCUCACCAUUAAACUGGACGACAAAGCCUCGGCAUCGUCGUCGUCAUCAUCGCAUUACCACGAUCCCGAAACUGAAAACACUCACCCGUGUGUGACUGGCAAGCUCCGCAGCAAUGGUCUGUUGGCUGUGGCCAAGCAGCAAGAGUCUGCUCCAGAGCCUGUGUAUUCUGAUCCCUAUGAAAAGGUUGAACAAAAGAAUACAGAGGCUCCUUCGUCUAGAAGGCAGGAGCGCACACCAGAGCACAUUUAUGACGAACCAGAAGGAAUUGAGAAACCCACUGCCUCUCUCUAUGAUGAAGCUCUUCAGAUCAAAGGGAGAUGCAUGGAAGGUGCAGGCAAAGCCUGAACAUGCAUAUAAUGAGCAACCGUUUACAAGUCCAAUAGACAGCUUUCCCGCACCAUUGCCAGCCUCGAACCCACAAAAAACUCAGUCGACGGAAUCUCCUCCAUCACAUGCUAAAAACACAGAGCAAGCACCCCAGCUUCCUCCCAAGCCAAGACAAAUGGUGGCUCAAAAGUUCGGACUAAAACCUCCAACGACAGAGCCAAGAGGGUGGAACACUGCAAACAGCAAUAACUCAAAUUCCAAAUUAUGCCCCAAGCCUCGCAUCGCCCCCAAACCGAAGAUUGAAAAUGUUUCAGGCAAGGAGCCAGAAAGAAAGAGCAUUGGAAGUGCAGGGGAGUGCAAAGGUGUUGUUGCGGUUAACAAUAAAAAUGACAAAGACUCCAAAAUUGUGCUGAAAAAGCCACCAAUGAAGCCAAUUAUGGUUGCUGUGUCAUAUGCAAAUGUCAACUUGUGAAUGUAAAUAUCCAAGCACAUUUAAAAAAUAUAUAUAUUUUUUUUAAUUUGCGACUAACUCUUCUAAUACUGGACAUUUAGAUUUAAGAGAACCGAAUGAAUCUGAGCACGACGAUCGUUCCUUCAGUGUCUGCAGGCAGUUCCCUUAAUCUGAGCUGCGCAGGCGGAAAAUGUGAGCCCACGCAAUAGGAGGGGCGCAUUUUCCUACCGCAGAGUUCCACUUGGGUCACACCAUUUCUGUACGGUAGCAGAAAGAUUUGCAGAACAGUGCUAUUUCUGAGCCACGUUUCAAUCGUGCAAACCACUGUAAGCUGCAUCUCGCAAUCCCAUUGCCAUUUGUGAAAACAAAAACCUGUCAAAUAGUAUUAACAUUCUUAUAUGUUUUUGUAUGAAUUGCAAACAAUUAACCACUUGUGUAAAGGCAAUAUAAACUCACAAACUAAUCUGUACCAGGCGUUUGUGACCUUACAACGGAGAAUUUUCAAACCCGUUUUGUACAGUGACGUAUAUUACCGCAAAUAAAUUGUUAACAUGUUGAGACAUGGAAUUGAUAACAUUUGCUGCUAUUUGCAAUAAUGUACAUGAUCGUGCAGUGGAUGCUUUUGUACUGUAUACAAUCUUGUAUUCAUGCUUUUUUUGUAUUCCUCUGAUUAUCAAGAAAUAUAUUUGUAUAUAAAAUUUAC